AGUGGGACAGAAAGCCAGAGUGACUGAGACGGGUAGAGAGUGCAGAAAAAGGGACAUUUUUUGGAACGACGCAUACUACAAGUCUUAAAACGCAAUUUUAAAGUGAGAAGCCGCAGGUGAGCGAAAGAAAAGCUGCAUUAAGAAGAAAAAUAAGAUGCAAAGAGAUACUGACAAGCUGUGACAAGUACACAGCAAAGACACAUGGGGGAGAGAAUCAACAGAAGCAAAGGAACCAAGUUUAGUGGAAUAAAAGGGUAAAAUAAUCCAACAAUUGACCGACUUUUUAGGGUGACUAAUGGGGCUGAGCAGAAAUUCCCAUUCCAUGAUUGGACAGCAUGUGGGAGCAGCUGAUUCGGACACACUAUAGGACUGCCAUAUUGUAUGAGAACUUCAACUGUCAACAGCACGUAAAUAACCUAGAAGUCUCCGCUUACUUCACAAACUUUGGGCUAAGGAAAGUCUCCAGUACUGGAAACAAGGAUCCCCAGGAGUCGCUAAGUAGCAAACAAAGAGGGAUUGAAAUAGUCAACCAAUGUCCAAAAAAUAUGAGGGAAAAUUUCAUGGAAAGUCGCUGACGGGAGAUGUAAAGAUGGGAUCCCGACUUCUUUCCCUGUGUAUGCUCCUCGGCAUCUGCUUGGGUGAACCUGACGCUCAUUUUGAUCCAUCUAUAUGCCGCUAUGCAUUGGGUAUGCAGGACAGAACCAUCCCUGAUGAGGACAUCACAGCAUCCAGUGCAUGGUCAGAUUCCACUGAGGCCAAACAUAGCAGGAUAGAAAGUAACGAUGGUGAUGGAGCAUGGUGUCCAGCAGGACCUGUCUAUCCAAAUAAUGAAGAGUAUCUUCAGAUAGAUCUGAGGAAGCUAUUUUUCCUGACCCUUGUUGGUACACAGGGCCGUGAUGGCGGCGGGCUUGGCAAGGAAUUUGUCCGACAUUACCAACUGCGCUACAGUCGAGAUGGUUACAAAUGGGCCCAGUGGCAAGACCGCUGGGGAAAUGAGGUCAUAGUCGGUAAUGAAAACACGGGUGAUCUAGUUUUAAAGGACCUGGGGCCUCCACUAAUAGCCCGCUAUGUUCGUUUCUACCCCAUGGCUGACCGAGUCAUGAGUGUUUGCCUGAGAGUUGAACUCUAUGGUUGCGUCUGGCAAGAUGGUCUUCGUUCCUAUACCUCUCCACCUGGAAAUGUCAUGACACUUCCUUCGAUGUCCGUAAAUCUAAAUGACUCAACAUAUGAUGGAUUCACUGUUGGCGGGCUGCACUAUGGGGGUCUGGGACAGCUGACCGAUGGUGUAAUUGGUGCAGAUGACUUUCUCCAGCACAAGGAACAAGGUGUCUGGCCUGGAUAUGACUAUGUUGGCUGGAAUAAUGCAAGCUUUUCAACUGGGUAUCUUGAAAUGGAGUUUGAGUUUGAUGCCUUGCGAGCUUUUACAUACAUGAGAGUGCAUUGUAAUAACAUGCGGUCACGAGACAUUCAGAUAUUCCGCCGUGUGGACUGUUACUUCAAGCGCACCUUACAUACUCCAUGGGACCUCCAUCCUGUCAGCCUUUCCCUAGCCGUGGAUGUCCGGGACCCCAGUGCCCGUACUGUCACCAUCCCACUGUCCAACAGAAUGGCACGAAUCCUCCGCUGUCACUAUUACUUCUCCAGCCAAUGGUUGCUUAUCAGUGAAAUCUCCUUCCUCUCUGAUGUCCUGGACUCAUCAGAACCAGAAGAACCAAGCCCUCUACCAGAACCAAGAGAGACCACUCCCCAACCAGCCGUAACAGGCUGGCCACAGGGCACCAGCCAAAGAACAAGACCAGCUAUCACCACAAUGGGCAGCUUCAAUGAAAGUGUUCACGAAGCUGUCAGCGUUAACCGGAUAAAUCAACCAAUUGCUAUGGAUGACAACAACAACACCUCCAUUCUGAUUGGCUGCCUGGUGGUCAUAAUCCUGCUUUUAUUGGUUGUCAUUAUUCUUAUCCUUUGGAGGCAGCGCUGGAGGAGAUUGCUCGGAAAGGCUCAGCAUCGUCCCUCCGACAGUGACCUCACUGCCCACCUUUCCCUCCCUUCUGACACGGUUGUCAUCAACAACACACAGAACCUCUCACUGGCAUCCCGCCACAGUAACCGAUAUGAGCGUAUUCUGACUACAGAGGGCGAGUACCAGGAGCCAAGCCACAGCAUCCUUGCCAAGAUGCCCACUUUGUGCUCCAGUUCUGAGGGUGCAGCUCUACUGUUAAACAACCCAGCCUAUGAGCUCCUGCUUGCCACCUACAGCCGGCCAAACACAGAACCUGGCGGCCUGCAGGCUAAACCAAACAACAGCCAGGAAGGGGGAUACAGGGAGCUGGAUUCCCCCAAGUUACCUGCUAUUUGCCCUCCGAGUGUGCCACACUACGCAGAAGCGGAUAUUGUCACUCUGCAAGGGGUGACAGGGGGUAACACCUAUGCCGUACCUGCAUUGACUGCCGACACUCUCACCUCCAAAGAAUUGCCCCUCAGCAAGUUCCCUCGAGGACAUCUCCUCUUCCGAGAGAAGCUGGGAGAAGGGCAGUUUGGAGAGGUUCACCUGUGUGAAGUGGUCAAUCCCCAUGAACUACCUGUUCUACAGUUUCCUUUCAACAUGCGCAAGGGUCGGAGUCUUCUCGUGGCUGUGAAGUUACUAAGGGCAGAUGCAAAUAAAAAUGCUAGGAGUGAUUUCCUGAAGGAAUUAAAGAUCCUGUCUCGCCUGAGUGACCCACACAUCAUACGCCUCUUGGGGGCCUGUCUGGAUGAGGACCCACUGUGCAUGAUCACUGAGUACAUGGAAAACGGGGACCUUAACCAGUUCUUGAGUUCCCAUCAGCUGGCAGAGGAGGACGAGAGCAUGGGAGAUGGGCACAGCCCUCCCUGCAUCAGUUAUCCCAGCCUUCUCCAUGUGGCCCUACAGAUCUGCUCUGGUAUGAAGUAUCUCUCUUCCCUGAACUUUGUGCACCGAGAUCUUGCAUCACGAAACUGCCUGGUGGGAGAAAACCUAACCAUUAAAAUAGCCGACUUUGGAAUGAGCCGCAACUUGUACGCUGGAGACUACUACCGGAUACAGGGGCGAGCAGUGCUGCCAAUCCGAUGGAUGGCCUGGGAAUGUAUACUCAUGGGAAAAUUCACCACAGCCAGCGAUGUUUGGGCGUUUGGGGUGACGUUGUGGGAGAUUUUGAUGCUAUGUAAGGAGCAACCAUAUGGAGAACUGAAUGAUGAGGAUGUGAUUGAGAAUGCCGGGGAAAUUUUUCGAGACAGCAAAAAACAGAUCUACCUGUCCCGGCCACUUAUCUGUCCUACAUCGCUGUACGAGUUAAUGCUGCAGUGCUGGGCCAGAGACUGCAGGGAAAGGCCCUCUUUCCUGGACAUCCAUGCUUUGCUAACCUCCCAUGCCCUCUGUUGUUCCACGGUGGAUGUGAAAGAAUAACUGAAGUGCCACACAUUCUAUGGACACCAUUCAAUCCUCCAUCAUUAUUGUUUGUGAUCCAGCCUUUAGAAAGCAUCUGAUCAUUUCAUCCUGAACAUCAGCCCAUGACCCCCUUUUUAGCUAUUCAAUUUUACGGUCUUCCCAGUCAAAAACACUGGAUUGGUUACAAGCAGACAAAACACUAUACACUGAAAGAUACAAAUGUGAACACAUCGAAUUCCAUAACCCUAAACUGUACAUGUCUACACUGGAUCUUGCAUUGAUCAUAGUAUGGUUGAUUUACUAAAGGCAAAUAGACUGUACAUUUUGCAAAUCUUUGUAAAGAAUAUCAAAUCCAAGGGGAAAAAAAAAAAAAUUUUUUUUUUUUUUUGCUUGCACAUGAUUGGAUGAUGGAAAUUAGCAGAGCUUCACCACAUUCAGUAAGCUCUGGGGAAAAUGAGCGCAACUUCACUUGCAAAAUGCACAGUCUUACAUAAUCUUAAGGUCAUGUUGGUCCGACUUCUUCAAAGACCACUACCAGGAAAAAUUACAAAAUGUGAAAAAAGCCGAUAUAAUAUUUACAGUUAUUUAUGUAAAAGUUGUCACCAUACAUAUACAGAACUUGGAAUAUCGGAUAGUUAUAA